UUUAUUAUUUUAUUAUUUGAUUACAGCCUCUAAACAGCGCGUAGGUGAAAACUGUACUGCACAUGUGAUGUGUAGCCUAACAGGGGAGGCAUGAGGCGGUGUCUAAAGGAAAACCGAGAGGGCAGGAUGGAGAGCGGAUGAUGAUAGCCUACUCACGCCAGUCUGUCUUCAGACUCCGUCAGCUGUCGCUUAAACUCGAAGGACUUAGGCCCACUGGAACCUCAAUUUGCCAUUAAGAUGAUAUCCUUGUCAUUCAAAUCUAUUUAUCACUUCGUACUUCUUGUGUGUGGUGGUAGGUGAAGAAGUCAAGCUCCUUUAGUGAGUCUCAGAGAUGGACACGGACUCCGCAGCCCCUCCUCAGCGCGUGCAGGAGUCACUCGACACGAGCGCCGCCGCAUCCGAAGGCAACUCCGAAUAUUUACAGUCUGUUAGUACCGAAUCGAGCUCAUUCAUCAUGGUUCAGCCCAAAAAUCGUCUCGAAGUGCCAUCCAGGUUGUGGGUGACAACGGUUGUGGUCAUCGUGAUUGUCCUUCAAGUAGCCUCGACCACAGGGCUCUUCAUAUACUUGAACAUGUCAGUGGCACAGGCUCGGACACUAGGUGUGGUGGAGGAAGUGAGGUGUCUUGGUCUUCUGAACGCUCUGGAGAAAGAGCAGGAUGUUCCUGAUGACCUGGUCCAGCUCUUUGGUGAGCCGUGCAUCAAACUGGCCGAAGGACUCAAAGCCUACAUCUCCAAGGUCACAGAAACCAUCAUCUCCAAACACACCUUUGAAGAAAGAGUCACUAUCCCUCCACGUACAAAAUUACUCACCACUGCUAGCCGACGGCCAUCGGCUCAUCUUACCCUCAGAGACAGUGGACUGCAGGGUACAACAUCCUUAACCCCUCAGACUGACCUUCACCAGUCCUGCCGCCAUCCCGUUCGUUCCUGGGGGAACCAGAGUUUUGGCUCCCACCUGCACAACAUGACCGUGUCCAAUGGACGCCUGCGAAUCCCUCGGGCAGGCCGCUACUACCUGUACGCCCAAAUCUACUUCCGUUAUCUCACCCUCUCCAUCAACGAUUACCACUCGGGCUCCGUCAGUCACCAGGUGGUGCAAUGCGUCUACAAGAAGACCGCCUACGCCCGCCCAAUUCAGCUCCUGAAGGGUGUGGGCACCAAAUGCUGGUCUCCAGAUAGCGAGAACGCCCUUCACUCCAUCUACCAGGGAGGCCUAUUCGAACUUCGUGCAGGUGAUGAGAUCUUCAUCUCCGUGUCUUCUCCCACAGCUGUGUAUGCAGAAGACUCCUCCAGCUACUUUGGGGCCUUCCUGUUUGACCUCUGAGGGACCCAGUUGGGGCAUGUGGUCUUAUUCUAAGGGAAAGGAAAAUGUUCCUUUCAGAAGGCCCCACACGAGAAGAACAGAUACUCCACCAUCUAAUGGGUUCAAAAGACCAAACAACUCAGAAAACCAUCUAGUUAUUGUGGUCUGAGCACCAUAUGACCUUUCAGAUUAAAGAUUCAGUAGAGUGAUUGACUCCCAUCUGAAUGGGAAGAUCAUGAGCAUAUCUGUGAAGGCUUUGGAAAGUUUCCUAGAAAGAAGGAAAACCUGAAAAUGGGGACUCACAAUUUAACCACAUAAAAAGCCUAAAUAAUACUUUAAAAUGAAGAUUUUAACCUUCAACAAAUGCACGAAACGUUGUGCAGGCUGCUACUUGUGCACGCAAACCAUGGCAGAUGUUUUUUCAUUGUUAUACUGUUUAUACUGGUCAUUCUUUCCUUAAAAUACUGUCUGGGACAGUGUGACCAAUCAUGGCCAAGAAGACUCUAGUUAAUUAAAGGAAGCGCUAUGCCACAUGCACUU